AUGAAAGGGUUGACAAGUAUUUUUUCCUUCAUAUGUCUAUCAGCUUUAGCACUCAGACCCGGCAUAAGAACUUCAAUUUCCCAAAAUGCCCUGAUAAAUAUAAAAAAUUCUAUCGUCCCGAACGUGAUCACUGAAAUUCAAGCAAAUAAAAUUCCAGAUUUUGAUGUGAAAUUUGGUUUGUUGAAAAUAAAUAUCACUGAUAUACAGUUUCUAGAAUUUAAUUUGACAGCUGAAAAUGUAGGUGUAAAAUUAGUUAUUGAUGAUACUAUCAGUUAUAUCAAUUUGGAACUGAUAAAUCUGAGCUUUAAUGCUACGUCAAAGAUUGCGUUUAGGACUCCGUUUUUAGUGAAGGGGACAAUAAGCUCGUCAUUGGAAAACACGAAUUUGACAAUACCAAUUAAAAUUGGGAUUUAUUUAUUUAUUUAUUUUUGCUUUCGCAAGGCUUCGGCCGGAAUCGAAGGGGGAAUGAAUUUUUCAUCAAAGAGACUUUAAAGCAAAAGCCAUAAUAAUUAUUUCAUUAAAUUGGGACAAAUAAAGGAAAAGUCAGUUUAGAAAUUUUAGCAGCACGAGGAAAUUUAGACAGCUUUAAGAUGAGAAUAAAAACUGAUAGCCAAAUAAUAUCAUUUUUCCAGCUGUUUAAUCACUUUUUGCCCAUCAAUAUGCUGACAAAUGCGUACAAGCGCAAGCUGGUAACUCAUAUAGGAGAAAGUUUUAAUCCUCAAAUACAAAAAAUUCUAAAUUCUAUUGUUUAUGUUGAAGAAAUCCCAAAUUUGCCUCUAAGUAUUGAUUAUCAUAUUGAAGCUUUACAAGUGGUGCAAAAUCAAUAUAUAGAAGGUCUAAUUAAUGGAACAUUUUUCUUGACGAAAAAGCCAAAACUCGUUCCUAAUGUAACAUUGCCAGAAAUUCCCCCAGCUUGGGUAAGCUCACAGGAUUUCAAAAUUCAGAUUUCAGAGUACUUUUUUGAUAUAUGCUUAUUUAGAUAGAUAUAAUUUCUAUUUCAUGUCUUUAAUCCUCUUUUUCCCAGUUUUAGACUCAAAUUAUUAUCAAUAAAAUAUUAUAUUUUAUAUUAAAGGAUUAUCAUUUUAUAAUAAAUUUUCACUAACUCACCCUCCCCCUUUAAAUUGGAACAAAAAAUCCUGUUCCAAUUUAAAAGGAGUUAAUUUUUAUUUUAAAAGGUAUUUAUAUUUAAAUUUUUCUAUGAAGAAUUAAAAAAAUUAAUCGAUUAAGUGUGAGAAUUGUUUAAAUAGCAUUAGGUCAAAACUAAUUUUAUAAAAAUUAUUUAUUUUCAUCAAUAAAAAUUUUCCUAUUGAAAAACAAAUUUUGUUCCAAUUUAAAGCGGUUAAAGUGCCCAAAAAUGCAAACUUAUCGAUGGAAUGUUCCAAUUAAAGGGGAGUAAAAUAUUUUUAAAUUAAAAAGAAAUUUUUUAAUAUAAAAUAUCAUACUUUUCUCUGGGGUUUGCAAGACUCAGGAAUUUUGAACAUUAACAUCACCAAUGAUAUCAUACCAAAAGAAAUCCCUAUCACUCUAUCAACUACUGGACUAUCAGAAAUUUUACCAAACCUUCCCAAAGUUUAUGGAAAUGACAAGCCUAUCAAUAUGAACUGCAUUGUGAGCAGUCCUCCUCAAUUCACUAUUUCAGAGGUUGGUACUUUAUUAUCUAAUUCCUAUUGUGACUUUGUCGUAACCACAGCAGAAAAUGCCUUUAAAACCGCAUUUAGGCUAAACAUGCAAGCUAUGACUCAAUUUACAGGCUACGUUGUUAAUAACAGCACCGGCGUCUAUCUAUUUGGAAGCAUCCUUCCUAAUUCUACAGAAUUUACAGUCUUUACAGCCACUAACAGUACAAUCGGUCCAAUAAACCUCCAAGACGUCCAAGACGCUCUUAAUUAUUUUGCUGAUGCAAUAGCAAAUUAUAUUGACCAAAAAAUAGAAAAUCAAGGAAUCGUGCUACCAAUCCCUCCGACAAGCCAAGUAGAAAAUGCGACUAUGGUGAUGAAUGAAAACUUUAUUGAAAUUGGUUUUACAAAGAGGUUUUCUAAUUAUUAA